AUGCCUUCCUCAAAUAUGGCUUUCUUUCUUGCCGUUCUGGCUGGAAUGCCAUGCAGUAUGGCAGGCAAAACAUAUGGAUACGGACACGGCUACAAUUCAACAAUUAGUGGUACGGCUACUGGUACUGGCAUAGCUACUGGUACUGGUACACCUACACUCGCAGCUUGCGGGAUCGUUAGUAGUCUAGCAUCUGUUGCUAAAGUCGCCACCCCAUCAGCUACACCCACAGUUGAUGCUAAAUUAGCACACGACUGUCUUAAUUCAGUACCAUUGAACGUCACUGCAGCCAUUGAAUAUGUUACAGGAUUAGAGCCAUAUAUUGAAUGGCAGUCAGAUCUCGUGGAUCUCAAGGACCCACCAGCAGAUUACUUUUAUCCUCCAUAUGAUCCAUUGGCCAAACUUGCUUCUGUGAAAUCAAAUCUUGAGAAGGGUGGCGUGUAUGCAAAUGAGUACGAAUUUCAACAAGAUCUGUAUCAAGUCUUUACCCCGGCACACGAUGGACACUUUGUAGUCUAUCCAGAUCUUCUCACGGCUGCUUUUGAGUGGCGCCGUCAGAGAUCUUUAGUGUCUAUCAGCAGUGAUGGAGUCGAAGUUCCCAAAAUCUACCUAUACGAGGACAUUAUUUCUGCGCCAUCAGAAGCCUCUGAGGUCACAGAAAUAAACGGUGUUGAUGCGGUAAAGUAUGUAGAAGAUUGGAUCUUUCAAGCCUCUUUCAAUCAAGACGCAGAUUCUGCAUACAAUACGAUGUUUUACGAGAAAGCAUUUGUUGCAGGAGGCGUUUCUAAGGGAUACUUCGCAUCCGGUGGUCGAAUCAGAUACAUUUAUCCAGGCUCAAAUACUACCUUUGGCUUCGAAAAUGGCACAACUUUGGUCACAGAGAACUAUGCCAAUGUGAAAGGAGACUUCACUGGUGUCACUGAUGGAAAGUCAUUUUACCAAAAGUUUUGCGUGCCAUCCACGACUGAAUCUGCUGAAGCUACUGCAUCAGCGCCUGCCGCCGCUACUGUAACAGCCACUGGAUAUCCAACGCCCGUCGUCAUCACUAAUGACACUAUCGUCGGUGGAUACUACCUAAGCGAACCAGGUUUCGAGGAUGUUGCAGUCUUGAGUCUUUUGGCAUUCGAAUCCGAUUCGAUUGCAGAAUUCCAAGCCGUCACCCAAGCCUUCCUUGCAGAUGCAGUUCGAGAUGGAAAGACAAAAUUGAUUGUCGACUUACAAGCAAAUGGUGGUGGUUACAUUUUGCAAGGCUAUGAUGAAUUCCGUCAACUCUUUCCUCAUAUAGUUCAAGAUGGAUACAGUAGAAUGAGAGAGCCUGAUACGUUUCUUACGAUAUCCAAGAUAUUUUCAGAAGAUAUUCCGGCAGAUUAUGACCCAAAUACAGCUUCGUCAGACUUGAUCAGCGAGUAUGAAACUUGGUUCGACUACCGAUACGAUUACAAUUUGACUAAUCAGCCAUUCUUGACCUUCGAGGAUAAGUUCGCUCCUCAUGUUUACAAGGGUGAUAACUACACGAACCUCAUGCGCUGGAACCUUGAUGAUCCUCUUACCACUGUGAACUCCACAUAUGGUAUGGGUAUUGAGAUCUCCGGAUAUGGAUCGUUAAGUAACUUGACCCAACCAUUUGCCGCUGAAAAUAUCGUCAUGAUCUACGACGGCUACUGCGCCUCAACCUGUACUCUUUUCAGUGAGUUCAUGCGUAUUCAAGCAGGUGUCAAAUCCAUCGCUUUUGGUGGUCGACCUUCGAGCGGCGCCAUUCAAGGUGUAGGUGGUAUCAAAGGAGCACAAGUACUUUCCUUUGAUAACAUAUACUAUUAUGCACAAUUUGCCGCCUCAUCUCCAAACGCGACCCCCGAAGAUAUCGCCAUUUUGAACCGUCUCACAACCUUCCCAAUUGAAAGAAGUACCGCUACGUCAAUCAAUCUGAGAGAUGCCAUUCUCCCUGAUAAUGUCAACGAUGGACUUCCAGCUCAAUACGUAGUUGAAGAAGCAGACUGUAGAUUGUAUUGGACAGCACCCAUGAUCACAGACGUAGAGAAGGUCUGGGAGGCUGCUGCUACAGCGGCUUGGGGCGGUGGCGCUUGCGUUGCAGGUGCUGGCUUGCCAUAUGGAAAGAGAGAUGUAUUGAGUAAAAACUCGAAGACUAAGGAGAAGAAGCCAGUGAUUAACAGAAAGAGAGAGAGGAAUACCCUACAAAUGAAGAAGAGGGAUGAGAAUGUUGAGAAAGAUCCAUUGUGGGAUGCUAGACAUGGAAAGAAGAUCAUUUCGUAA